AGCUCGCGUGAACAUGAAGACAAACCAGAGCUGACGUCUCCUCAGCGGUCAGACUCUGGACACAGUAUGUUCAUGUUGGAGCACAGCUGCCGGCAAACCAGCUGUUUCCAUCUGCUCGCCCCUGCUGCCUGAAGGAGGGCUGCGUGUACCGGACCAUGAGUGGAAGUAGCAUCCCCCCUGAGGGCUGCGAGGGUCCAGUCCAGGGUCCCUGUCAGGCCUCGUACCGCUGGCACCAUUACAGGAAGCCUUGGUGGAGAUCCGACUCCCAGCCGACCCCUCAGCAGCCAUUGGACAGAUACAAGUGGGGGACAUCUGCUCGCCUGGCACCGAGGGCGGCCAAGAUGUCCUCCCCUGAGGCAAAAGGGCACAGUGCCGAGACUUUUCAUAUGCGGCUGCUCAGCUUACCAAGGUUCAGCGUUGUCCGAAAUUACAGGAGCAGAGAUCAAUCCCACGACGGCCAGGCGAGGCCCGACCCCCUUCGCAGGACCUUCCCCUACCUCAGGUCCAUGUCUGAGCCCGUUGCAGGUAACGGCCCGGAGAGGACGACGCUCAGGCAGGUAGGAUCGGACGCAGAUCAACGAGCUUCCUCUGUGGGGCGCUUCAUCCACUCGUUCUCUCUGAGGAUCAGCAGAAUCCUGAGGGAUGAGGCCGAAACUGAUGGAGGAGAGUCUGAUGUUAAGGGUCCUCCUGCUCACCGUUUCUCCUGCGGUCAGAGUCCGUACACCGAUAGUGGAGCCUGGGAGAGGAAGUUCUGCAUCCUGACCGACAGCCAGCUCAUCCUGCUCAACAAGGACGAUGAGGUUGCAGGGGAAGCUCAGGAGAGCCCCACAGACUCGGCGAAGGGUCGAAGUCUCCGCAGGACGGUCAGCGUCCCCUCAGAGGGACAGUUCCCAGAGUUUCAGGCAGAGGGCGCCGCCAUGCUAGAAGCGUCUUCGGAGCGAUCUCCGAGGAGGAGGAGUAUCUCUGGUCUGGGGGGUUCGGAGAAGAGCGUCACCGUCGACAAUCCAAACUCGUCGCCGUUUAAAGUGCCGGGGUUUUUCAGUAAACGUCUCAAAGGCUCCAUCAAGAGGACGAAGAGUCAGACCAAACUGGACAGAAACACCAGCUUCAGACUGCCUUCGCUCCGGCCCCCUGAACCCGACAGAACUCGCGGACUUCCCAAACUGAAGGAGUCGACCUCCCACGAGUCUUUGCUGAGUCCGGGCAGUGCGGUGGAGGCUCUGGACCUGAGCAUGGAAGAGGAUGUGUUCAUCAAACCUCUGCACAGCAGCAUCCUGGGACAGGAGUUCUGCUUCGAGGUGACAUACUCAGGAGGCAACAAGUGUUUCAGCUGCACUUCAGCCUCAGAGAGAGACAAGUGGAUGGAAAACCUGAGGAGGACGAUUCAGCCCAACAAGGACAACUGUCGGCGGGCGGAGAACCUGCUGCGACUGUGGAUCAUCGAAGCGAAAGACCUGCCGCCCAAGAAGAAAUAUUUCUGCGAGCUGUGCCUGGAUGACGUCCUGUACGCUCGGACCACCAGCAAGACCCGCAACGACAGCCUGUUCUGGGGCGAGUACUUCGACUUUUCCGGCCUGCCGGCCGUGCACAGCAUCACCGUGCACAUCUACCGCGAUAUGGACAAGAAGAAGAAGAAGGACAAGAACAACUACGUGGGCCUGGUCAACAUCCCGGUAUCGGGCGUGACGGGUCGGCAGUUUGUGGAGAAGUGGUACCCGGUCAGCACGCCCACCACCAGCAAGGCCAAAGGAGGGGGGCCGUCGAUCCGCAUCAAGUCGCGCUUCCAGACCAUCUCCAUCCUGCCCAUGGAGCAGUACAAGGAGUUCGCCGAGUUCGUCACCAACAACUACACCAUGCUGUGCUCUGUUCUGGAGCCCGUCAUCAGCGUCAAGAACAAGGAGGAGAUGGCCUGCGCUCUGGUCCACAUCCUGCAGAGCACCGGCAGGGCAAAGGACUUUCUAACAGACCUGGUGAUGUCGGAGGUGGAUCGAUGUGCCGACCACGACGUCCUGAUCUUCAGGGAGAACACGUUGGCCACCAAGGCCAUCGAGGAGUAUCUGAAGCUGGUGGGACAGAAAUACCUGCACGACGCACUCGGCGAGUUCAUCAAGGCUCUGUACGAGUCGGACGAGAACUGCGAGGUGGAUCCCAGUCGAUGCUCCGGCGGCGAUCUGGCCGAACACCAGAGCAACCUGAAGAUGUGCUGCGAGCUGGCGUUCUGCAAGAUCAUCAACUCCUACUGUGUGUUUCCUCGGGAGCUGAAGGAAGUGUUUGCGUCGUGGAAGCAGCAGUGCGUCGCUCGCGGCCACCAGCAGGACAUCAGCAAGCGUCUGAUCAGCGCCUCGCUCUUCCUGCGCUUCCUCUGCCCCGCCAUCAUGUCGCCGUCGCUCUUCAACCUGAUGCAGGAGUAUCCCGACGACCGGACGUCCCGAACGCUGACGCUCAUCGCCAAAGUCAUCCAGAACCUCGCCAACUUCACCAAGUUUGGAAACAAAGAGGAGUACAUGGCCUUCAUGAACGACUUUCUGGAGCACGAGUGGGCGGGGAUGAUGCGUUUCCUGUCGGAGAUCUCCAACCCGGAGACUUUGUCCAACACGCCGGGCUUCGAAGGUUACAUCGACCUCGGCCGCGAGCUGUCUGUCCUUCACGCUCUGCUGUGGGAGGUCGUCUCGCAGCUUGACAAGGGUGAAAAUUCCUUCCUGCAGGCCACUGUAGCGAAGCUGGGCCCGCUGCCGAGGAUUCUGGGAGACAUCUCUCGCUGCCUGGCCGCCCCGACGCCGGUCCAGCAGCAGCUGCGACGUUUCCAGGACCACAGCUCCGCCCACAACAUCAGCGGCAGCCUGUCGUCAGGGUUACAGCGAAUCUUUGAGGACCCCGCCGACAGCCACAGCGAGGUUCGCAGCCUGCCGUCUGCGGGCGGUGAUCGGAUGGAGGGUUACGUUCGAGGCCAGCGCCCCCUGCUGGCUCAGCAGCAUCCCUCCAUCCACGCCAGCUUCUCCGAUCAGGAGGAGCGAGACGACCUGCUGCCCAACGGUCGCAGCAUCUCUCUGGUCGACCUGCAGGAUGCUCAGAGCCCGCACGGCCCCGCGGGGCCCCCGCCGCACCACGAGGCCCCGCCCCGCCUCAGCAGGGUGGGCUCCCAGGCCUCCAUUGGCCACGGUCCGCCCCCCCCCGGCUACCCCCACUCCAACCCCCUGACCUCCCAGCCGGCACCACACCAGAUCAAAGCCUCACCCAGAGACGGCCAGCCGCAGAGCGCUCCGCAGGCGAGGCGGCCGCUGCACCCCUCCCUCAGCCAGCAGCGCAGCCUGCAGCCGCUGUCCUUCCAGAACCCCGUCUACCACCUGAGUAACCCCGCCCACGGCCUGUCCACACGCUCCGCCCACUCGCUGCGGCAGGACUCCAGCUCGGAGAACCUGAGCACCGAGAGCUCCCACAACAGCCACAGCAACUCCGACGACUACGGCAGCCAGGUGGGGGUCAAAGGUCGAGUGCCGUCCAACAGCAGCCUGGACGACUUGGGCAGCAGGCGGAGCACGCAGAGCGAGGAGUGUGUGACGCCACGCCGCCUCGCGCUGCCCGACCUGCCGCCCGGGGCCGCCACGGCGGUCGCCGUCCCCCGUCAGAGCACGACGGCGGGCACCGCCCACAUCGUCAAGGUGGAGCAGCAGAGCAGGGGAGGGGGCGGCGCCAGGACGCCGCGCUCCCUCCCACACAGCGCCUCGCUACGCAGCAGCAGCAGCGCCAACACCGAGCCGACGCCCGCCGCCGGCCACGCCAACCGCCAACAGUCCAACUGCUCUGUGGAGAACGUGGCUCCGCCCCCAAGGAGUUCCAUCAAGCAGCCACAGCAGGUGGUGUCUCCGGUGGAGGCGGUGGCGGUGGCGGUGGCCAUGUCUCCGGUGGAGAGGACGGCAGCCUGGGUCCUCAACAACGGCCAGUAUGAUGAGGAGGAGGGAGGCGAGAGGAGCAGAGAGGAGGGCAAGAACACCGAGAAGUACGAGCUGGAGAUCUCUCGGCUGAAGGAGCGCCUGCGGGUGUCCGGUCGGCGUCUGGAGGAGUACGAGCGGCGGCUGCUGGCUCAGGAGCAGCAGAUGCAGAAGCUGCUGCUGGAGUAUAAAAACCGUCUGGAGGACAGCGAGGAGAGACUGAGGAGGCAGCAGGAGGAGAAGGACAGCCAGAUGAAGAGCAUCAUCUGCAGGCUGAUGGCGGUGGAGGAGGAGUUGAAGCGGGACCACGCAGAGAUGCAGGCGGUGAUUGAAGCCAAACAGAAAAUCAUCGACGCUCAGAUAAUUAGCAGCUGUCACAGAAACACAUGGUUGCCAGUGAGAAACCCAGCAGCAGUUCUGCUCUGCCUCUCAUCGUCUCUUCGCUGAUUUCAGGUCAGUAACG